AUGGCAGGGCCCCCCCUCUUGACGCCGGGCGAAGGGGGCAUGCCUAGAAGGACCCCCCAUCGAAUGCCCCCCCCCCGGCCCCAGGCCCCGGAAGGCGUGCCCCCUCCAGCCCAGUGGCAAAAUAUCGAGCGAACUGGCGAGUAUCCAAAAUCAUCCUGUCCGGCCCACCAUGGCAGGGGCCCCCCCUCUCGACGCCGGGGCGAAGGGGGCAUGCCUAGAAGGAUCCCCCAUCGAAAGCCCCCUCCCCCCUCCAUGGGAAGGGUGUGCCCCCUCGACCCCCCGUGCUGGCCCACUUCGAGCCCGACGGCGGCCAAGCCAUCCAGCGAACUGGCCAGUACCCCAAUUCUCCCAAAUGCCCACUUCUCCAAGGUGCCGUCUCCCAGUCCCUCGCCCAUGGUCUCUGAGCCAACUGGCCAGCAGACUUGCCGCUCAGAUACGGGCCCGAUGCCCGUCAUCCGGCUCCCCCUCCAAGCGCCCGGCGCUGCCGGAACAAUUGAUGGGGAGGUGUAA